AUAAAACUGCGGCGUCCAACUCAACUUGUCCACACACAACCACCGAGCCCCUCCUUUUGCACCGAAGACACAAGGAAUACCACCCACCACCAUGAACGUUCUCGUCGUCAUUACCACGCUUUUCGCGUGUGCCUACGCUGGCGGAUAUGGUGGCUACGGUGGAGGCUAUGGAGGUGGCUAUGGUGGCGGCUACGGUGGCGGCUACGGUGGCGGCUACGGUGGUCACGGUUUUGGAGGUGGCCUCGCCUUGGUAGGCGGUGGUUACGGUGGUGGAUACGGUGGUGGCUACGGAGGUGGAUACGGAGGUGGCUACGGAGGUGGCUAUGGCCACGGCCACCACGCUGUCGCCGUUCCCGUGAAGACGGUUUCUUACGUCAAGAAACCUGUUGUCAGCGUCGGCUACGUGACCAAACCCGUGGUGACCUACGUCAAACAGCCCGUAGCCACCGUGUCACACACAGUCCAACCUGUGGUGUCCGUGAGCCAUGCCGUUGUCAGCACUGGAGGCUACGGCGGCGGCUACGGAGGUUACGGCGGAGGUCUUGGCGGCUACGGAGGCUAUGGCGGAGGAUAUGGAGGAUACGGCGGUGGCUAUGGAGGCGGAUACGGUGGUGGCUUCGGCUAUCUGGGAGGCAAAGGCUACCACGGUUGAAACAACUUAGCCAACAUUUUUUAAAGGUACAAAGCCGGAGGGUUCUACUCGGCGUCGACGAAGCAAACCACCUGCGGCCAUUUGACAUGUGUAUUUAUUUGAAUGCUGCAAUAAAGCGCACGUUCACUUUUUGUACAAAUA